GAUAAUAGAAAUAUAUUAUAUAAACAUCAUAAUUAUAUAGGUUCAUGUCUACGAGUACGAUGUCCAUAUGAUAUUGUAGAUAGUGAGUUGUUUUAAAUGUUCCUAUUAUCUGCUUAACUUUUAUUUGAUCUUCAUUCUACCGAUUUUUCGACUUCUCUGCUGAUAUCAGAUACCAAUAAUUUCGUGAAAAAUGUCUGCCAAAAUUGUUCAAAAUAUGUUGAAAAGUGUACCAUUCAGUCGUCUGUGUAUGUCCCAAAUCAGAACAAAAGCAACGUUACCUACUCUUGCAUUUGAAUAUAAAGACUUGGAACCAAUCAUAUCACGUGAUAUUAUGGAAAUUCACCAUCAAAAACAUCAUAAUACUUAUGUAGUAAACUACAAUAAUACACUUGAUAAAUUACAGACUGCUGUUACAAAAGACGAUACAGCAACAAUCAUAAGCUUGGCACCUGCACUUAGGUUCAAUGGCGGUGGUCAUAUUAAUCAUUCUAUUUUCUGGGAUGUACUUACACCUCAUUCGACUAAACCUUCUGAUAAUUUGAAUAAGGCUUUAAUCGAAAACUUUGGUUCAUGUGACGAAUUUAAGAAACAACUAGCUACAGCUUCUAUUGCUGUUCAAGGUUCAGGAUGGGGUUGGCUUGGGUUUAAUCCUCAAACCAAGAAGUUGUCAGUUGUAAGUUGUGCUAACCAAGAUCCACUGUUCCCCACUACUGGAUUGAUUCCUUUGUUUGGAAUCGAUGUUUGGGAACAUGCUUACUACUUGCAAUAUAAAAAUGUACGUGCUGAUUAUGUCAAUGCAAUUUUUGAAGUUAUAAAUUGGGAUGCUGUAUCUAAACGUUUUGCUGAAGCUUCUGCCUAAUUUUUCACAAUUUUUAUUAUUUAUUUAAAUUUUAUAGUUCUUAUUGAGUAUAUUAUAUUAUUUAAACAAUUAAAUAUGUAAUUUUUAUGUAUUCAUGUAAACACUGUUUAGUUUCAAUUAAAAUAUAUUAAUGAUAA